AUGUCCAAUGUUGGACACGGAGGGCGUGCUAUGCAUGAACGUUCACAUUCUGACACCCCCACACUACCGCUACCUGUUCAUUUAUCUGCAGAAAGCAGUUCUGUCACCUCUUUGAGUAAUUUGCCGUUGAGGAAAACAGUUACGUCGGGUUCAGUGACGUCCAGUGACUCCGGACAUUCGACACAGUUAGAUUCACAUUCUGGAAGCUCAAUAGAAGUUCAACACGGUGGUUAUUCUCCGUUACAGACAAGAAGACAUUCCGCGUUGCAGCCAGGUAUGUUUUUGUUUUUUGUUUUUUUUUUUUUUUUUCCCAUUAUCAUCAUUAUUAUUAUUAUUUAUUUAUUUUUCGAAUCAUAUUUUUGCAUAUUUUUUCUCGCUGCAUUUGGCUGGCUUAUACCGCCCUCGACGGUAGUAGUAAGAGGAAAAGGGGGGGAAACGUUAGGUUUAGCUUUACCCGAAGGUAAAGUCUAA